AUGGAUUUCCCGAGAUGGGGUAAUUUUCGCCCUAAAGACGUGUUGCGGCUGCAAGGCUUGAUUUGCUGUUGCUGUUCUCCACCUCGGAGCCAUUUUUUUCCCUUCUUCUUCUUUCACCCAGGUACAUGGCCUGGAUCUGAUCAUCUAUCAUCCACAAUGGUCGCCGAAAGUAACGGGACCGAAACCUCCCCUCUACUCCGCGACCCCGAAGUCGGAGACCGGCAGUCCGUCAAGUCGGGAUGGCGACUGGAAUUCUCGAUCAUCUCUAAAUACACCGCCCCACUCAUGAUAGCCCUUCUUCUCCAGCAUGUAUUGACUGGCUCGAGUAUUUUCAUGGUGGGCCAUCUGGGGAAGAAGGAGAUCGGGGCCGUGAGCUUGGCAAAUUUGACAGCCCAGAUCACUGGCUAUUUCGCCUUUCAGGGACUCGCGACAUGCCUUGACACAUUAUGUCCGCAGGCUUAUGGGUCUGGAAAACUCACUAUGGUCGGGUUGCAUGUUCAGCGGUUGACGCUGUUCAUGCUCGUUCUCAUUAUUCCCAUCGGUGCGAUGUGGUUCAAUGCGGAUCGCAUCUUCCUCUUGAUUCUACCGGAUGAGUCAAGAGAGACUGCUAUUCUUGCUGGUGUUUAUUUGAGAAUUGCUAUCAUAGGUGCGCCGGGCUACGCAUGCUUCGAGUCGGGAAAACGCUUCUUCCAGGCUCAGGGUAUGUUCGGUGCGAGUCUGGUUGUGCUUUUGGUUUGCUCUGUCUUGAACAUUUUCAUGGGCUGGCUGUUUGUCUGGAAAUUGCAGUGGGGAUUUGUCGGUGCACCUAUCGCCGUCGCAAUUGCAAACAGUCUUCUUCCAGUAUUCCUGGCACUCUAUGUCAUCUUUGUCGAUGGAUCAGAGUGCUGGCACCCUAUCUCAAUGGAAAUAUGGUACGGCUGGGGCCCGAUGUUACGUCUGGCUAUCCCAAGCUGGCUUAUGAUUGAAGCCGAGGUUCUUGCCUGGGAAUUCAUGACCAUCAUGGCUUCACGCCUGGGUGCCACAGAGCUCGCUGCCCAGGCUGCCCUCUCAACACUCGCCGAUUUUGCAUUUCAGGUCUCGUUCUCGAUCGCCGUUGCCGGCGGUACCCACGUGGCCUACCUGGUAGGCUCGGGCUUCCUCCAGCGUGCAGCCACCGCAUCCAGAGUCAUGGUGCUCUCCUCAUUCGGCGCUGGCAUCGGAAACAUGAUCGUCAUAUUCGCUCUUCGGGGUGUCAUUCCUGGUCUUUUCAGUGAUAUCGGCGAUGUCUGGCACUAUAUCUACUUCCUCCUUCCUCUGGGAGCCGUUGUUCAGAUCUCUGACGCCGUGGCCACGUCUCUGAAUAGUCUCUUGCGAGCUGUCGGACGGCCUGACCUAGGUAGCUAUGUUCAGCUCUCGGUUUACUAUCUUGUGGGCUUGCCCUUGGGCGUUGUGCUAGCCUUUGUGCUGGACUGGAGCAUAUUCGGACUGUGGUGUGGAAUCCUUGCCGGACAAGCGAUCAUUGUGCUAGUUGAGGGAUUCUAUUUCUGGAAGAUGGUUGACUGGGAGAAAGCGUCCCAGGAAGCUAUAGAGCGGAUGUAA